AUGAAGCGGUCUCAAGGGAAACCGACCGGCCGUGGUUUUGAAGGACCCCGCUCCGGUUUCUCGGGCUUCGGAGGCUUUGGCACCGCCGCCUCCGGAACUUCCUUGUCGUACCUCGCCGAGCCUCCUUCAUUCGUUGCGGUUUCGGAUCCGAAUGUUGUUGUGUCGCUCAAGAAUGUUUUGAAGAAGGAUAGCACUACCAAGGCUAAAGCGCUCGAGGAGCUACUAGCUUAUGUACAGGCUCAUCCAUUCGACAAGGAUGGCGGGGUUGACGAGGGCAUCCUCGACGUUUGGGUCCAAAUAUACCCUCGCACAUCUAUAGAUAACUCACGUCGCGUGCGUGAAUUGACGCAUAACCUCCAGUUUGAGCUCAUGAAAUCAGCUCGCAAGCGCUUUGAACGUCAUCUGCCAAAGAUCGUCGGCGCAUGGCUUGCCGGCCUGUAUGACCGUGACCGCGUUGUUGCCAGGGCUGCUAGUGACGGUCUAACCUCGUUUCUGAACACCCCUGAAAAGGUCCUUGCGUUUUGGAACAAGUGCCAGGGCCAGAUCCUUGACUAUGCUAUUGAUGCUAUUCAAGAAACGCAAGACUCUCUGAGUGAUGAACGUUCAACGACAGCAGAGGAUGCUGAGGCAAAGUACUUUCGAGUUGUUACCGCCAGCUUAUCACUUGUCUUGGGUUUACUACAAAAAGUCGAGCCAAGUAACUUGGAGAAGUUGCAAUCUCGAUACGAUGACUAUUUUGCCGAGGAAAAUGUUUGGAAGACCAUUACGUUCAACGACUCGUCAGUUAGGAAGACAGUAUGCCAACUACUGUUUGCUUCUAUCGACCGGAAAUUACCUUACGCCGAUGAUACGAAGGUCAAGCAAGCCUUCGUCACGGGAGGCCUAAAGACCAACCAAGCUGGCUCAGCGCUCGAAUAUGUACGAGCGUUGACAAAAAUGACACAAACAUACCCCGAUGUUUGGUCAUCAGCGAAGACAUUGAGCGGUCCAAAGUCUCCCCUCGGCAGGCUGCAAGCCUUCAUCGCCAAGGGUUCUCAGGGAAGCCCGCCAAAGUUCUGGGAGUACCUAGAUCAACUACUGAUGGUUCUGCCAUCAGAUUUGAUCACACCUGAGGUCGCCUCCCAAUUUCUGACUUCUCUCAAGUCUGGUAUCACACAUCGCGAUGAGCCUCGAACGAAUACUUCUUAUGCAUGGAAGUGCUUCAUCGACACAGCCAAGCGACUGCUGAAGAACUUACCCGCCGACGACCAACUACCCUUUGUUCAAGAACAUCUCUUCCCUCUCAUCGAGCAGUUCUUAUUCUCAGUAUCAGAAAAGACAGUGGCUAUACCGCUCGGCCCAAACGCGAUUUCCGUCCUGGUAGAAGCCUACAUCGCCACUGUCCAAGCGUCACCAUCAGUGGUGUCCGCGUCCAAGGAGGAAUGGGACCGACUCGCCAGCGUCUUCUGCGCAAAGAUUUCCGGGUCGCUGCCCGAGGUUUCACGAGAGUACCAACAAUCUCAAGAAAAGAUCUCCGAAGAAGGUCGACGGUGGUUCGGCCUCGUGGGCCAGAUUGAGGAGAAGAUAGCUGAUCUCGAAGAAGACGUGCCAGACCAUACAGCUCAGCCCUCUCUCAAGGCUAUUUCUCAGAGUAUCACACUUUUGGAGAGCCGGAAUUUAAAGCCAUUUGGCGCAGCUCGAAUCAUCGAAUAUGCAUUGAGUAUGGCACCUCGCUUAUUCGACGGUGAUGGAGCUGUAAAGCUCUCGACGUUCUUCACUACUUUGGCUCGUGAUGAUGCUGCCAAAGCUGUCACUUCGCCCUCUUCCCGGUACCUGCUCUCUUCGCUUCACCUUCUCGGCUCCGUGUCAACUCAGUUCGCACCUAUCUGGAACUCUUGGGUCGAGGCUGUCCUCGAUCUGCCAUCAGAGGCUACUCGUGAUGUCGCCCUCGCCUCCUUGAUCUCCAACGAUAGAGGAGCUGUUCUCGCCAAGGGUAACAUGGACUUGCAAAAGCACAUUAUUGGUCAGGCUGUUCUUUUAGCGGUCGGUGGUAGCAAUGAUUGGGAAUUGUUGGAAGCUGCUGUCACAUAUCAGACUCUUACAGACAGUAAUUACCGAGAGCUCGUUCAAGCUCUUGUCGAAAUCCUUGAGAAGGAGCCCGCGAAGACAGAAUCUACCCUCCAAGCUUUGGAGAUCGCAGCUAAGGGUCGACCAGAGCUGUUCUCCCGCGAUGAACGCGUUCAUACAACAUUGGUAGCUCUGCUUCUCGGCCUAUCUGAGCUUGAGGACUCUACCAUUUCUUCCAAGGCAACUUCUAUCCGCACUCUUCUCGACACUCACACUGAUGGAAAGCUACCUGUUAUUGCUGUCGUUCAAGCUAACCUUGAGCGAGCGGGAACGCAGUCUCUGGAUAUCAACACGUUGGUGUCGCAAGCAUACAAUGCAGCCUCGAGUGAUAUCCCAUCUGAAGAGCUCUUCCCAAGCACCAACGUGUGGAUGAAGGAGCUUGCGCCAUUCUUGGAAUUGUCCGUCAAUCCGGCUCUAUCAAUUACCAACAGCAUCGGCGGUGCUGCUGCAUUGGUAAAGGGAGCACCUCGAUCUACAAACCUACGGACUUAUCGGGACAGGAAGGGACGUGCCAUACCCACAAGAAUGGCCCUCUACGUGUCUCAGCUUUCGGAGAAGCUUCCACUGUCUCAACUGCCCAAGCCCUUCCAGCUUGAGCUGUUGUAUCUUCAAUGCCUGACUGUGCAGCUUAUCUCUGACCAAAUCACUUUCAUGGAGGAGAACCGACUGUGGCAAACUCUGAAGCAUGCUGAAGCUAGCGCACAGGCUGAGGAGUUCGUCUCCAAGACGCGGGGUAUCUUGAAUCAAUUGGCUGCUGAAGCUGGCGCCUGGAGCGACUCGGAAGAGAAGCCGAUCAUUCAAGACCUUAUUGAUCUGUUGACUCAGCACUCGACAGAGUUAACACCCAGAGGGCUGCAUAGCGCAAGGGCGCUCAGUGAGCUUGUCCAAUUCCUGGCCGAGGCACAUGGAGCAUCGUCCAGCUUUGAGGAUGCUCUUCUGAAGCCUGAUAUCCUCAAGAUUGGCCCUACCACCGUCCUGCCGGCCUCGGCCAUCAUUUCUGGGUUUGGUGAGACUCUACAACCCUCCAAGGUCGCUAGCAACUUCUGCAACAAGGUUGUAAGUGAGAUCGCAGGAGCCAAGGCAGAUAGUGACAAGACGUUGAUGACUCUUGUUCUUCUGUCACAAUGCGCUCAGAUUUACGAGGCUGGUGAAAUGCCUGUGGCUAACAACCGAAUCGUUUUUGCCGUCCGUCAAAUUACCUCCUGGCUUGACGAGCCCGAGAGUCUGAGCCCAGCUCUUUGCGCUGAAAUUUGUCGAGCCCUGAACAAAUUGCUGCCUUGUAUGAAGGAUGUCUAUGGAUCGUACUGGGAAAAGACUAUUGAGUUCUGCAUAUCGCUAUGGAAUCGUGCCCACGAGUUCGAGUUGAAUGAGGCUCUCCCCUUCAUUCACUCUUCACUAAAGCUGUUCAAGACAAUUGAGUCUCUACAGGAGCCCAAUGACGAUCUUGAAGAUGCCCUCAAGGAGUAUGCCGGUGCUAAGCCUAGGGCCUUGAUUGAGCUGUUGCGACUUUCUCGUGACACACGCUCGCAGCCACUUGAGAUUGUGGAUGCCAUGCUUUGCCGAGAGGUUGAGAAGAUUUCUUUGCGACAUGUGCCUGAUCUUUCGGAUAUCUUUGGCUUGGUAGCAUCGGAAUCGCGGGAUAUCCAGACGGCUGCCUUCAAUCUGCUUCACAAGGCUCUCCCCGAACAGCAACAGCAGAAGUCCAUUGAUGCUUUGCUGGAAAAGACAGUCCCAGAUGCACGACUCCCUGACGAACUACUCUCACUCCUUCUUGACGCCCCUACGCUCGAAAAGUACUCAGACGAAAUGCUUGCCGAAUUCCCUUCUCCCAUCCGCUCGUAUCUCCUAUCCUGGAAGCUCGUCUUCGAUGCCUACUCAACAUCAUCAUUUAAGAUCCGAAACGACUUUACCGACAACCUUAAGCAAGAUAACUGUGUAGCGCCACUGCUAGACUUCAUGUUUGAUGUGCUAGGCCACUCGGCUGCUCAUCCGUUGAAGCUAGAAAAGGUCAACCUCACUUCAGAACACAUUCAAGAGUACGACGUGAAGUUGGCAGAGUCGGAACCCGAGGAGAAGAACAUGCAGUGGCUGUUGGUUCAUCUCUUCUAUCUUCUUCACAAGUACACACCUGGCUUGUUCCGUGCUUGGUACAUCGACUGUCGCUCGAAGCAGACACGCAUCGCUGUUGAGUCGUGGACAACCAAGUACUUCUCACCCAUCAUCAUCACAGAUGUCCUAGAUGAAGUUCAAAAGUGGGCUGAUAGUCAGGAACCUCCUGCUAUGGACGAGAAAGAACUCGUUGUACGUGUCGCUCGAUCCUCUAGAGAAAUCAUAGCUGGCUAUGAAGUCGACGAGGAUCAAGCGGCAAUCGCCAUCAAGAUCCCUCAGAAUUACCCCAUCGAAAACGUCUCCGUCCAGAGCCUCAACCGUGUCGCCGUCAAUGAGAAGAAGUGGCAGAGUUGGAUCAUGACGACACAGGGGGUCAUCACCUUCUCCAACGGCAACAUCAUCGAUGGUCUACAAGUCUUCAAGCGGAAUAUCCUCGGUGCACUCAAGGGCCAGAGCGAAUGUGCUAUUUGCUAUAGCAUUAUCUCGACUGACAAGCGCAUGCCUGAUAAGCGAUGUACUACUUGCAAGAACUUGUUCCAUAGGACGUGUUUGUAUAAGUGGUUCCAAAGCAGUAACCAGAAUACGUGUCCGUUGUGUAGAAACCCAAUUGACUAUCUGGGUUCGGAUACGAAGAGGCGGCAGGGUUAG